UCAGGCAGAAACCUGCCCUUCAGCUACCAGGGCUACAGUUCUUCAGGAAACCUUGCUUCCCCAGAGGACGAGAUGAUCCUCCUAAAGCUCUCUUCCUUCUUGGCUUUCUUUGCCUUGGUUGUGUGCCAGAUGGACAGCCUCCAGGCUGCUCCGUUCAGGCCUGGUUUUGAGUCUGCCAUGCCAGACCACGUGACUCUCAGCGAUGAUGAAGCUCGGCACCUGCUGAAUGCUUUGGUGAAGGAGUUUGUGCAGAUGAAAGCUGACGAGCUGGAUCAGGUGACUGAGGACAACAGUGUCACUGCUCAGAAACGAGGCUGCAACACUGCCACCUGUGUGACCCACCGGCUAGCCGAUUUCCUAAGCAGGUCUGGAGGAGUGGCCAAGAGUGACUUCGUACCAACCAAUGUUGGGGCAAAAGCAUUUGGCAGACGACGGAGGGACAUCUAGGCAUUGGGCUGAACCCAGGAGGAUGAUCGUGGAGAAACCGAAUCUCCGUGGCUAACUUAAUUUUAAUGAAAGCAACUUUCCUCCAUGAAGCUCGAAGGCCAAGUGGAUACUCUGAGUUUUUUGCCUGGACGAAUAUUUUUCUUUGUUCAAAACUGCUGUCGUGUAUAAUAUGAAAUGAGCUAACUCUGGUUAAUUAUUGUACAUUCUUUUUUAUAUGCGAUUCUAUUUAAAAUAAAACAUCAUAGCAGCUUGUACCGUUGGUCUCCUA